UACUCGAUGGAGGAUCUUCCGGAGGUACUGCUGGAAGAAAUCAUCCAGAGGAUAACCAGAACAAGUGAUCUGAAUUCUCUUUCCCUUGUGUCUAAAAGUCUAUACAUGGUUGAGGCGAAUCAAAGGGCAUCUAUCCGCUUAGGAUGUAGCCUGUUUUCUGCUACAGAAACCUUGUCAUCGCUUUGUUCCCGAUUCUCCAAUUUGUCAAAAAUGGAAAUUGAUUACACCGGUCAAACCUUGAGCCUCUUCUCAUACAUUGAUGACUCUGGUCUUAGCUGUCUAUCAAAUUGUAAGAAGUUGAUGUCCCUCACGCUGAAAUCCGUGCCAAGCAUAACCUCAAGGGGACUUCUCUCAGUGGUAGUUGGUUGCAAGAGUUUAUCCGCUCUCCACCUUUUUGGCUGCAAGAAGAUCAGCAACGUAGAGUGGUUGGAGUACCUUGGAUGGAAUGGAUCACUUGAAGAACUUGUAGUAAGGAAUUGCAACCGGGUGAGCCAGUGUGACCUACUAAAGUUUGGUCCAGGUUGGAUGAAGCUUUGGAAGUUCGAGUUUGAGAUCAAGGGAGAAACAAAUGAUAUACUUGGGUUUAAUGAUCCCUUAUAUGAUGUGCACAACCUGAGUACAUGUGAUUUCUUCUGUGACAAUUUGAAGGAUUUGCGGUUGGUGCAUAUUCAAGCAAUUUCAGACUUGGUACACCAUAUUUUCUGUGGGAAAUGCAAAGCGUUGGAGAAGCUAUGCCUUGAGUAUAUUGUAGGUCUAAAUGACCAUCACAUCAUUGAUAUAUCCCAUAACUGCAAUAAUCUUAAAAGCAUCUCAUUGUGGCUCAUGCCUCCUCGGUACUUUGCCGAUGACAAUGAUUUUCUUUACAUACCAUUGGUUACUGAUGACAGUCUUGAGGCUUUAGCUCUCGGUUGUCCUAUGCUGCAGACCGUUGAACUUGCAUUUCAUGAGGACACACCCUACUUGCCAGAAAUAGGCUUAACACUAGAGGGCAUUAGGAUUCUCAUUCAGUCUUCGCGGAUUCGUGAUCUUGUGCUUAAUGGAGCAAACUUCUUUGAUGACGAAGGGAUGAUGGUACUUUCAUCUUCUCCAUUCUUGGAGACACUCGAGCUUGUGGUCAAUAAUCGGGUAACUGAUGCUGGGAUGCAUUCCAUUGCACGCACCCCUUGUUUGAGGAGUCUCACACUCCGGUUGUGUAGUCAGGUGACUGAUGCUGGAUUGACUGAGCUAGUACAUUCACAGAAGUUGGAUUCCCUGGUCAUUGAAGGAUGUGCUUGCAUCUCUCUACAAGUUGCCCAGGGUGCAGCUAAAUCAGUUCACUACUCUCUGGAGUCAACAAGGAGGAACUGUCUCAAAAGAAUUUAAAUAUAAUGUUGUUUAUGAAGUGUCCUCCGUGAUUUUCAGCUUAAACCAACUACUAAAGUAGUUAAAGUUAUUUUUGA